UCCUUUUAACGUUAACAAAAAUGUUUUUUUCUUAUAAAUUAUUUACUUUGGUUGCAGUUUUCAUAACAACAGUGACGUCUUAUACACGUGAAAUUAAGAAUGAUAAACCACAGCUAAAAGAAAAACCAACUUGGUUAAAAACCUGCCCUCGAAACAAUCCAAAUGAAAACAAAUGUUUCCGCAAAAUGUUUGAGGGAUGUUUUCCAGCACUGGCAGCUGGUAUACCAGAAAUUGGUGUAAGGGGAUUUGAACCGCUACACAUUGAUCAGGUAUCCGUGAAAAAAGGUAGUGGAAAUUUAAUAUUAGCCGGAGGUUUUCAAAAUUUAAUCGUGAGUGGGCCUUCAAAUGCCACAGUGAAACGAGCAUCUCGACUUGGAAAAGAAAUCCUUAAUUUCGAAUUGGAAAUACCAAUUCUGCGUAUUAAAGCCAAAUAUAAUCUAAAUGGUCAUAUUCUAUUAUUGCCUCUUAUCGGUAAUGGUGAUGUAAAUUUAGCUUUAAAAGAUGUCAAAACAGCUGUUUAUACACGCAUAAGUUUGAGAAAUUCCCCAGAAGAAAUUAUACACAUUGAUGAUAUGAAAGUCACCUUUAAUGUGGGCAAUAUGCGUAUUCACCUUAAGAAUCUUUUCAAUGGCAAUGACAUUUUGGCUGCUUCCAUUAAUGCUUUUCUUAAUCAAAACGGUAAUGAGGUUAUUUCAGAAUUAAGACCAGAUUUAGAAAAAGGUUUAGCCGAUAUAUUUCAUGGUUUAUGGAAUAAUGUAUUCUCGAAAAUGCCUUUGAAAUUGUGGUUAGUUUAAUUGAAAUGAAUUGUUAUUAAUAUGUUUUAUUUAAUAUUUUGUUGUAUUUAUUUUAGUUUUAUUAAUUUGUUU